CGCGCAUCGCUCCCGCUCUUUCGCGUCCCGGACCCCGUGGUACUCGCAGCCGGAGUGACCCUGGGUGGUCGCCGACGCCGCGGCAGGAAAGGAAACAGACUUAACUGAGGAUGUCUGAAAACCUUGACAAGUCCCAUGUAGACGAAGCAGGAGAGGCAGAGGCGGCUGCCUCCGAGCAAGGCCUGGAAGGUGCUCUGGAGUGCUCUGAUGAAACCUUACAGAAAAAAGUGAAGUCGGACUCACCUAGUUCCCAAAGAGUGGGAAGACCUCACUCCAGUCCCGCUCGGCUUGUCACUGUAGAGGAACUUCUAGAAACAGCAAAAGGAGUCACCAACAUGGCUCUGGCCCAUGAAAUUGUAGUAAACGGAGACUUCCGGAUUAACGCUGUUGAAUUAGCCGAAGGCAGCUUGGAGAAGAGAGUAAAAGAGAUUGUACAUAAAGCAUUCUGGGAUUGCUUGAGUGUCCAGUUAAGUGAAGAGCCCCCAACAUAUGACCAUGCCAUCAAACUUGUAGGAGAGAUCAAAGAGACUCUGUUAUCUUUCUUGCUGCCUGGUCACACUAGACUAAGAAACCAGAUAACGGAAGUCUUGGAUCUGGAGCUGAUAAAACAAGAAGCAGAGAAUGGGGCCCUAGACAUUUCCAAGCUGGCAGAGUUCAUUAUUGGCAUGAUGGGGAUAUUGUGUGCACCUGCUCGAGAUGAGGAAGUUAAAAAACUAAAGGGCAUUAAGGAAAUAGUGCCUCUCUUCAGGGCAAUAUUUUCUGUGUUGGACCUAAUGAAAGUUGACAUGGCCAACUUCGCCAUCAGUAGCAUCAGGCCGCACCUCAUGCAGCAGUCAGUCGAGUACGAGAGGAGGAAGUUUCAGGAAGUGUUGGAGAAGCAGCCGAACUCCCUGGACUUUGUCACACAGUGGCUGGAGGAGGCCACAAAUGACCUUUUGACUCAGAAGUACAAACAUGCCCUGCCAGCGGGGGGAGGCGCAGCUGGCUCUGGGGACGCCCCACUGCUGACCCCUGUUUCUGUCCAGAAUUACGCCUACCUGAAACUUCUGAAAUGGGACCACUUCCAGAGACCUUUCCCCGAGACAGUUUUGAUGGACCAGUCUCGUUUCCAAGAGCUCCAGCUCCAGCUGGAGCAGCUGGCCGUCCUGGGAGCCGUGCUGCUGGUCACGUUCAGUACCGCUGCACCGGGAAUUUCUGGGCAUGCCGACUUUGCCGAGAAGCUCAAGAUGAUGGUGAAGACUCUGCUAACGGACAUGCAUCUGCCUUCCUUCCAUCUGGAGGACGCCCUGGCUUCCAUUGGCGAGAAGGUUUGCCUGGAGGUGAGCAGCUGCCUCUCCCUGUGUGGCCCCUCUCCAUUCUCCGUCGCUAAGGAGACUGUGCUCAAGGGCCAGAUUCAGGCCCUCGCCAGUCCCGAUGACCCCAUUCGCAGGAUCAUGGAGUCCCGCAUUUUGACCUUCUUGGAGACAUACCUUGCCUCUGGUCAUCAGAAGCCCUUGCCUACUGUGCCUGGGGGAUUGGGUCCCAUUCAGAAAGAGCUGGAAGAAGUUGCUGUGAAAUUUGUGCGCCUGGUCAACUAUAACAAGAUGGUGUUCUGUCCUUACUACGACGCAAUCCUUAGUAAGCUCCUCGUCCGCUCCUGAGGAUGCAGCUGCCACAGCAGCUCUCAUCUCCUGAGACCCCGCUCUCGCAGUGCUGUGCCGGGCUUCGGAGAAUGGCGGCCUGCGUACAUUCCUGUUUAAUAGCGCUGGUUCCACGGGACGGAAGGAUGCACUGGAUUCUGUUUUGAGGACCGUAUGUAUGAGUGCAAGUUUACAAACCUAAGGAGCUUUGGUUCUCUUGAGUAGGAGCUCAGAGCCUUCAACAGUUGGCUGCCUCUGUCUCAGAUCCUGCCUCCUCAGGUUGGGGGAGCCGCUUCUCCCAAGAAACCUGAGACAGUUGUCUCUCAAAAGUCAUUCUUUCUCAGAUGCUCUGUGCCCGCAGUCAUAAGCCAAGAUUUAUCCUCCUGUCCUGUUUACAGCCUUCCUCCCACUACUCUUCCUGUGGGUGCUUAUGGCAGGGCUGUCUAUAGCCUUACAGUGUCCUAACCGGCUCCUUCCCACUCUACCCAUUGAUUGCUUCUUGGGACUGGCCUAACAGUGUUCCAGAGCCCUUUGGUCUACAGCAGAGUUACUUAAUAAUUUAUUUUCUAUUAUUAUUGAAACAGCAUCUCUAUAUAUACUCCCCUGGCUGGUAUGGAACUUGCUUAUGUAAAACAGGCUGUCCCAGACUUCUAAUCCUCCUGCCUCUGCCUUACAAAUGCUAGGGUUACAGAGCUCUGCCACCAUACCCAAUGGAUAGAACUUGAUUUUUAAAAGCUUGUUGUGUCAGCUUGUAUGUAGUACAGUGGCCAGUGAUCGCCUAGCCUGCACGAGGUCCCGGGGUUGAUCUCCCCCAUCUAAACAACGAAGGAUGUAUACACACACACACACACACACACACACACACACACACACACACAUGCCUGUAUUGAGAAGCCAUAAGCCCCUGGAGCUUCAGUUUUAAAAGGUAGAAGAAUUGUUUGUGCCCAGGAGCUCAGGAGCAGCUUAGGAACCAGAAAUUGCAACUUAAACUCAGGUGUGGUGGUGCACACCUUUAGUCCCAGUACUUGGAAGGCAGAGGUAGGUGAAUCUCUGAGUUCUAGACCAGUCUGGUCAAUAGAAGGAGGAGUUCCAGGCCAGCUAGGGAUACACAGAGAAACCCGGUCUCACAAAACAAAAUAGAAAUGCGGUUCUUUCUACAGAAGUACUCCGGAGCCUUGACUGUGGCAGUUAAAGCUGAUGAAGCCAGGCACGGUGACAUGCUAUAGCUGGUCUUUGCUACUUUGUGGGUUCGUCUAUUUCCCACCCUUUAUCCUCCCCUCCGCUUCUCCCCCUAACACUAGAUAGGAGAGAAAUAAGGAUUGGGGGGUCCCUAAAUUUAAUCUUUCUUUUGUUUUCAUUUGACUGUGGCUACUAACAGACCACAACCGUUCUCCAUCUUCCUUUAACGACCAGCAACCACCCACCCUGCCUCUUGGUGCCCCAUUGUUUAUAUACCUUCUGAAAAGUUCCCAGAAUUCCAAACACCACGGUUAUAGACUUAACUUUGGUGAGAUAACUUUCCAAUUCUUAGAAACUGGGUUUAAACCUUUUGAAGUGGCCAUGCUGAGUGCCAGGAUUUUUGUGAAAUGAUUGUUAUACCAGCUCCUGUGUCCACCAAACCUUCUAUUUCAAUAUCAUUUAAUUGCCAUUUUAAUUUUGGCUUCUGAUCAUUAACAGCUGUUUGCCAGAACAUAUAUUUUCCAGGACUUCCAAACCCUCCUGUUCAUUGUACUGGAAUAGCCUUUGAUGUAGGGAAAUUAACAGCAAAGCAUCCUGUCACCUGUGUUAAAUUGCAUCUCUUUUCACAUAGGCUGGAAUUUUAACUUCUCUUUUGAAAUCUGAUCUAUAAUUCCUGGAUGCACAAUGAAUCUUUGGGAAGUCAAACCUCACCUUUGCAAGACCCUCUCUACCGUUCCUGAUGGCAAAGGACCGUAAACUCCAGUAGUUGCUAUGUAACACUUGAGUUUUUCAGGAGAGUGAGAGGUUUGCCUGUGGCCUUUUCUAGAGCAGCACUGCCUGCAGUACUGCUCAGUGAACAUCUAAUGCCCAUUGGAGGUUUCUUUGCUCAGCAUGCUGCCCCUUAGCUGAGAUGGCUUGUCAUUUCUGCUGCCAGACCCCGAAGGCCCUUUCCCAACUGUAAGAAAUCAUCUUGAAUAUCUCUUUUGGAUCUGCAUUUCUGAACCCUGUGGCAGCUUUUGCCACCUUUCGUAUACACCCUGGGACGCGUAGGCCUUCUUUCUGCUUGAGAUUUAAGAAAACCAUUGCCCCUAGAAACUGCUCACUCCACUUCCCAGUGCUGUACUGUAUUUUUCAAAGUUAAUGGACUGGCCAUCUUGAGAUCUGAGGCUUUUGGUUUGGUCACAGUCUCUUUGCAAAUGACCGUAUUUCCCACAGUUGAAGCACAGGGCAUUUUGAUGAUUGGAGACCACUAGCUAGAGCUUGACCUAUCAACAUGAUGUACAUUAGAACCAAUAUGGGUCAUAUCCCUUAUCUGUUCAUCCUCAGGCACUGCCCAUGUCUUUAAUGGUCUACUGUAGCUUUUAUUUAUUUUUGCUACUUUGUGUGGGAUCUGUGUGGGUUCUUUCUCCUAACAGUAUCUUCUCUGGCUAGGAUCAGCUUCUCUGACUCACCCUCCUCUCCAGCCCUACUCAGUCUUCUCUCUUCUGCAUCACCUGUCUUACUCAGUCUUCUCUCUUCUGCAUCACCUGUCUUCUGUGAUCCUUCUCUUUCCCUCUACUCCCAUUCUCUCUCCAAUCCUACUCCUGUCUCCUGGACUCCUACCCAGCCUUUGCUGGCUUUUUAUAUCCUCUUCUGUUCCCAGAAGUACAGGAGGAAACCAACACUAAUGGUCAAGCAGUUCUAACAGGUAAGCAUUCCCAGAGAGCAGUUGACUAGCUGGGGAUCCUUUAAAGGGCCAGGCACACAAAAGAAAUCAUAUUAUUCCCCCUCUUUGUUUUAGCUACUAACUAUGCAGUUUUGAAGCUGUUUCUCCAUUCUUUUCAAUGUCUUUCCCAGGGUUCUCAGGUAUCUGAUGUGAUCUUUCUGUUGAUUCCUCAGGAGCAUAUACACAACUGAGUGAGGUAGAAACUUAACAGCAGGCCGGGUGUGGUGGCACACGCCUUUAAUCCCAAUACUUGGGAGGCAGAGGC